AUGAAGAGCCCUCUGCUCCACCUCGUCCUGCUAACCGCUCUCUUGGCUCUGUCUGGUAGCUGGAGGGUUCUUGUAGCCAACCCUUUUGCAGGAGGAUCCCACCAAAGCGUCUCACUGUACCUGGCUAACCUACUGGCAACUAACGGUCAUCAUGUCACAUACCUCUCAACCAACAUUCCUAAGAAACUGAACUCGGGGGUCAUCAAGCUGGAGUUACCUAAAACUGCUAACGUGGCUAACACAGCUAUGGACGGAGGAGCAUACAAGCAAGUUUGGGGGAUAGAGUUAUCCUGGUCCGAGAAGUAUGAAGUGUUCCGGACUAUUUCUAGCUUCUGUCACCUUUUCUACGAGGAGCCAAAUGUUCAGAUGAUGAUUAAAUCGGGCCAACAAUUUGACUUGCUCAUUGCUUUUGGGGCACAAGAUGGGUGUGCUUUAGCAUUAGGGCAGCACUUGAAAAUCAACAAUUCCGUGCUUCAUAUGCCGGGAGCAUUCCUUCUACCAACCCAAAUUACUCAUCUGGGAAUCCCGCUGUAUGCUUCCAGCCACAAUGUAGAUGGCAUCAGGCUUGCUGAUCCAACAAGCCUCCGAGAAUCAAUGUUAUCUCGAGCAGCACAGCUGAUAAAAGUGUUUGUAGCAGACGCACUAAACUGUCUGUUCUUCCGGUACUCAAUAGACACAGUGGCUUACAAACACCUCCCCCACUACACCGGCUACAAGGACAUGUACAGUACUGUGAGGGUGGUCUUCAUGCACUACAACCCUCACCCUCUAGUGGAUCUACCUCUACCAAUGGGACCAGGGGUUAUAAACCUAGGAGGGUCUACUUGUGACAUUGGUUACGAUGAGAAUAAGCUCCCAGCUGAUCUGAGAGAGUUUGUGGACUCAUCCCCCGGUUUCAUCCUGAUUUCGUUUGGAAGUCACUUGGAUCGUUUACCCGAGGAGGAGGUGAAGCUGUGGGUGAAGGUCUUCUCAACUUUACCCUACUCGGUAGUGUGGAGAUUAGUGGGACACACUACAACCCUGCCGGACAACGUGAGAACGUACAAGUGGCUCCCUCAGCAAACCCUCCUACACCAUCCCAACAUCAAGAUGUUUAUCAGUCACGGAGGAUACGGCAGCAAGAUAGAAGCUGUGUGUGCGGGAGUGCCGUUACUUUUCGUGCCCAGAUUUGCAGAACAGUUCUUCACAGCUCAGCAUUACAGUGAUAUCGGAACAGCCGAACAAAUUCUGAUGAAACCUGCUGAGAGAACAGUGGAGGAGAUAACGAAUAAAAUUUCUAAAACUCUGGAAGUGCACUCAAAGACGAUGAAGCAGGUGUCAAGACAGGUUCUACAAACCAGGGUCACUGACGAUCAGGCGCUUGGAUAUCUGGAGAUGGCGGCAUCUGGUCACCAGCUGCUACCAGGAUACCAGCCCUGGUACCAAUACUUCUACUUAGAUAUGAUCAUAAUACCAACUGUUAUUGUAGCGGGGUUGAGGUAUUUAAUACGCAAGUAUAUGUCCAGAGUUUGAGAUUUAACAAUCCUUUUAGCUUUCUAGUGUUAACAAUUCGGUUUUCUUUCUCCAGUGCACCAUCUCCUGAGUCGGGUUUAUUUGAGAUAUGAUCUACAAUUAGGACUCCAACCAUAAUGUACUGAGUUAGUACAGUGAACUGUGACCCUUACUAGAUGCUAAGUAUAUGUUCGAGUAUGUUCAAUUGUUCAUGGUAUUAUAAUUUGAUGUUGUGUCUAAUAAUAAAAGUCAAUAGAUAUAAAUUAGUAUAGGAUUGUUCACAUAUAGGUGAACCAUAAAGUGCGGGGGAGUAUGAAGGGUUUCAUUACGUUAAAGUUAUUCUUACACAAUAGCUAUUUCAACAGUUGUCUCGUACGUCACGACUUUUAUUUUUAUUUAAUUUCUGUUCCCCGUGGUUUCGGACUUGUUGCUGCCUCACAGCAGCUCGACUGCGAGGAUGGGCAA